AUGGAGAACUCAACCCCAGCCAUCUCAUCCAACGUGGUGCAACCAAUCCAGCCUUACAAGCGCAAGCUCGUGGGUGUGCGCAGAGUUGUGGCGAAGAAGAAGAUUGAGGGACACUGCACUGCUGUCACGGUUGACAAUUGGACCGUGGUUGGCUUCACCUCCCAGAUGAAUCGCUUCAAGAUUGGCGAUCUGGUUGUCUUCAUGGAAAUCGAUUCGUUCAUUCCUCGCAUUGAUCGGUAUUGGGAGCUCUGGUCCAGCAUGGACGAUGUUUUCAAUGGAGAGAUAGGGCUCCGCGUCAGGUCACGCGAAGUGUCCGGCACCUACUCGCAGGGUAUGAUCUUUUCCCUUGCGGAUUUUCCUGAGAUUGUAUUGCAUCAUCAAAAUCGCAUCCAAAAAAUCGGCAAGGACGAAGCCACGAGAGAGCUUCUGUCCUAUUCCUUCGCAGACAGCCUAGGCAUCAAGAAGUGGGAAUACCCGACUCACGUGCGGCCGGUUACGGGCAUCAUCGGCGAGUUGUCGCCGCUCAUCCAGAGGCCAGGCAAUUACCGGAUUCAAGACAUCGGCAACAACGUCUUCAACACACAUGCAGCCAAAAAUAGGAUCUAUCAAGUCACGGAGAAACUCGACGGCGUCACCAUGCACGUCUACAAGGUCUCCAACCAAUCGCCAGAUCUCCUCGCUUAUUUUCCCGCCCUAAAACCCACCGCCGGCAGUAUCCCCAUCCCUCCCACCAUGCAAACUCCUCGCGGCCGGGUUGGCGUCUGCAACCGCAAGCACGAGUUCUUCGACGACGGCAAGAACAUCUACUGGGAAACCGCCAAAACGAGCGGCAUUCUCGACAAGAUCCACAAGAUUCCCUACCGUAACAUUGCCAUCCAAGGCGAGCUGGUCGGUUCUCACAUCCAGGGAAACACGAUGCAGUAUCCCGAAGGGAAACACGAAUUCGUGGUCUUCGGCAUCUGGGACAUGGAUGCCCGUGAUUACCUCGCGACCAAGAGCGUCGAGCUGCUUUGCAAGACGCUCGACAUCGCUCAUGUGCCUGUGCUCGGGUAUGGUCCUGUUACUAAGUAUGGGAAGAGCGUGGAGGAAAUCUUGGCGUAUGCUGAUAAGCUUGGUCCAGGAGAAUAUGGUGGGGUUAAGGAGGGCUUAAUUUUUAGGGCGAAUGAUGACUGGAAGAAAGGUUUCAAGGUAAUUUCGAACGGUUGGUUGAAGAUGACUGGAAAGUAG